CUUCUCUCUUCACUCUCUGCUUCUCUGGUUCUUCUCUAAGUUAUGGCCGCAAUCGCUCAAACACUCGUUCGAUUUCUCGCCCAUUUUUAAUCUUUAAUUCAUAGCUCAAUUCAAAAUCCAUUCUCUGAUCUUCAUCUUCUCGAAGAAAUCAGUGCCAAAUUUUGAUUUCAAACCGUGAAAAUGGUGAGCGCACCAAUUCAGAGGACAAUUCGGAGGAUAAAGAGGCCACCGCCUGACUGGAUCGAAACAUUCCUGAAGACCAAGUUCUUCCUUUCUUGUUUACUUCAUCAAGAAUACCGCAAGAACGAGAUGAAUUUGUUCUGUAUCAACUGUGGCCGAAGUAUCUGUCAGCAUUGCAUCUGUUCCUGUGCUCAUGACUUUCAUCAACAGAUUCAGAUUCGCAAAUAUGUCUAUCAUGAAGUAGUUCGCGUCGAUGAAAUUGAAAAACAUGUAAAUUGUUCCAAAAUCCAGUCGUAUCUAUCCAAUCUGGCAAAGGUCGUAUUUUUAAAUCCUCGUCCGAACCUGAAAACAUCGAAAUCAAACAGCAAUGGCGUAGCUUGCGAGGUAUGCGAUAGAAGCUUACAGGAGCCUUAUCGAUACUGCUCGAUCGCUUGCAAGCUUUCAAAAGUUGCAGAAAAGGGAAGUAAAAAGAGUCUUAGUCCUCCAUCAGUGUCCCUUCCAGUUCGAGAACUCAAUAUUGCAGAGUCUGGGGAGGAAUCGAGUGAUCAGCAGAAAGAGAGUAAUCCGUCGAAGCGAAAGCGCAAGAGAAAAGGAACUCCUCGCAGAGCUCCUCUGUUUUGAAUCUUCUAAUUGUGUUCUCAACUUGCACAUACAAUCUCAUCCUCUGCUUUUCUCUCUUGUUUAGAUGUUAUUAUUACAUAUAUGAAAAAACCCAUAUCAUAAUUUCUUACUGAUAAUAUAUAAUUAAAGAAGAAGGAGAAGAAGAAGAAGAAGAAGAAGAAGAAAAGGAAAGGAAAAUCAUCCCAAAGCCCAGUCCUUCUCUCUUUUUUUUUUUUUCUUUUUUUUUCACUGUUGCUGUGGGCUGUGGAGUUUGAUUCGGUAUUAUUACAUUUUUGGUGGAAAUUUUUUGUAUCUGAUGAUUAAGAAAAAGUUGUUUCUUUAAUAAUUUUCCUUUUGAAGUUAAGUGUUCUUAUGAGAUUGUUUAGAUGGGAAUGGUUGAUGGGAAUUCUUUGGGGUCCUCAUGUUUUCUUUACUGUCCUCAUCUGUUGUUGUAAUCCUCUUGAUUUUGGGUAGUUUAUCUUUUGUUUGAUUGGAUUAA